AUGUCUUAUUCUUCAUAUUUUCAAGAUCAAGGAAAUUUAACAAUGAUUGAAAAAGCUCAAAAUGACGCUAAUCCUUCAUUGGAUGAAACUUCCUCAUCUUAUUCCAAAGCAGACCUUGCUAAAUUUAAAGCAUCAGAAAAAACUUUGAUGACCAGAAAGACUCAACGUAAUACAAAAGCAUUUCGAUCCGCUUUUCAAAAAUAUCCAGCUACCACACCGUCCAUUCAAAAAAACACACCUAUUCCUUCUGUUCAGAAUAAUAAUAAUUUUUUACCAUCUAUUCAGAAAAGCACUCCCAUUCCUUCUAUUCAAAAUACUUCAUCUUUUCAGAAUAAAUCUUCAACAUUUAACCAGAAAAACUCUUUUCAGAAUAAAUCUUCAUCAUCUAAUAAUAAUCAGAACAACGCAACCACUUCUUCUGUUCAGAGUACUUUAUCUUUUCAAAAUAAUUCUUCAUCAGAAAAUGGUAUGGAUAAAAAACAAGAACAUUUGAAAUCCGAAAACAAUUCAGCCGCUGUACUUAUGCAAAAAAGAAAAGGUGAUACCUAUACUUUUGAUGGUGAAUGGUCGGAUGAUGAUGUUUGGCAACCAAAUUCGAAAAAAAGAUAUUUGGAAACUGUGGUAAAGAAUCGGAGCGUCCUAAGUGAAGUGAAUAAUAAUAACAAAGAAACGUCAAGCAAUCACGAACUUUCCGAGGAACAACAACGUAUAUUUGAUUUAGUGGUAUUGAACAGAGAGAAUAUUUUCUUUACCGGAUCUGCUGGAACCGGGAAAAGUUUUCUACUCCAAAGGAUAAUUUCAUCACUAAAGGCUCGUUAUGGCAGCGAAUCAGUAGCGGUCACUGCAACUACCGGAAUAGCCGCAGUAAACAUAAGUGGAACUACGCUUCAUUCUUUUGCAGGAGUGGGUCUUGGGCGUGGCUUAGCUCCAGAACUUAUUAAGCAAGUUCAAAAAUCAGUCGCAGCACGCACUAGAUGGAAAUCUAUUGAUACUUUGGUUAUUGAUGAAAUAUCGAUGUUGGACGCACAAUUAUUUGAUAAAUUGGAGUUUAUAGCCAGGGCGAUUCGAAAUAAUAAUCGUCCUUUUGGUGGGUUACAACUUGUAGUUACCGGGGAUUUCUUUCAACUUCCACCGGUUUCAAAAGACAGGAGUAGUAAAUUUUGCUUUGAUGCUGAAAGAUGGAAGGUUUGCAUUAAACAUACUAUCCAACUAACUAAAAUAUACAGACAAAAGGAUUCAGAGCUUAUAGAAUUACUGAAUGAGAUGCGUAUUGGUGAAAUGUCCGACAAGUCCUUGGUGCUUCUUAAACAAUUGGAAAUUGAACCAAACUAUCCCGAUGACGGAAUCAGACCGACAGAACUAUAUCCGAUUAAUGAUAUGGUGAAUAAGGCCAAUGCUACGGAACUAGGCAAAAUCUCUCAUAAAUUAUACACUUAUACUUCCGUUGAUUGGGAACCACUCAGAUUUGGACAGUUACAGACUCUUUGCAAGAGUUGUCUUGCGCCAGAAAAGUUGGAACUCAAACGUAAUGCGCAAGUGAUGCUCAUUAAAAAUCUAUCCAAGGAACUAGUCAAUGGAAGUCGAGGUGUCGUGGUGGGAUUUUAUAAUCAAGCAGAUGGAACAAGCUACUACAAUGGAGAAGAUGAAGGGAUGGCGGAUGUAAAAUUACUUCCUAUCGUAAGAUUUACACAUUUAUGUGAAAUGGUUAUACAAGAAGCCGAAUGGAAGUUGACAAGUCCUGGUGACGUCGUCCUCGCUAGUCCCAAAUCACUUCAAGUUACUGGAUUUAGAAGAGAAAAAGUGAUGUAUCAUGAAAGGGUAAAGAUGUUUUAUCAAUCUUUAACUACAAUUUGA